AUGAGGGCCUUAAUGGGCAAGCUCCUCGCCGUCGCCACUGCCCUCGGUGCCGUGUUGAUCAUGUCAACCAGAGCCUACGCGAACCUGGAGGCGACGUGCAUGGCGGCGUCCGCCAAGGACACGCGCUUCAACUACAGCUUCUGCGUGAAGGCACUGUCGGCAGCGGCACAAACCGGGGAUGGCGCGCGGGAGCUCGCCAAGGCCACGGCGGAGAUGGGCGCCAAGUUGGCCGCCGCCACGGAGGCCAAGGCCAGGGCGAGGCUGGAGGAUCCGCGCACGGAGCGCAAGGCGUACGAUCCCUACCAGACGUGCUACUACAUCUACCAGCGUGCGAGCAACUUGUUCUUGUUUGCUGAGCACUUGAUCGACAAGAACGCCUACGCCGACGCCAAGAGUGCAGCUCGGGACGUACCCUCGGCCGUGGGCGACUGCGAUCGGUACUUCCACGAAGCCGGGCUGGGGGCCCCGUUCUUGGAGCAGAGCGCAAAGUGUGAGCAGUUGGGGAUCAUAUGCGGGGCCAUCACCGACCUUUUGUGA